AUGAUGAACAGGAUAGACGUCAUCUCAUGGCCUCACGUUCUCAAUUCCCUUGGUCCAGCCUUGGACACGAAGGGAAAAGGGAUGUUCGCACCCGACUUGAUCCAAAGAGCUGCUCGGCGCCUCGAGGAGAUAUACGGUCCUCCAGACUUCAACGACGGUCCUAACCUCAAAAAACCCACUACCAUCAAGACGAAUCCCCACUUCAAAUCCCUCCUCCCUCCCAAGCUCUCCCUCUCCAAAAUGCUCCGCAACGCACAAAAGGACCUCUUCCACGUCCGACCCUUGACACCGGGUAUGAUCCAACGCAUAGAGGACAAAGAACGACGCCUCAACAAGGCAAAACGCAAACGCAAACAAAGCCGAAAACUAAUCGAAGGAACAGACUCGGAAUCCGACUACGCUCCUCCCUCCAAAAAACGUAAAAAGUCAGCGUCCGACACUGGGUCUAGGAGAGCUACUUCCUCGAUUGCGUCGAGGAAAGCCACGUCGUCUGCUGGGCCACGGAUAAGCACAUUGUCCACCGAGUCUAAGAAAUCCAGCUCUUCCACUCGUUCCGUGACAUCGUCUACUGGCUCUAACGAAGGCGCACCGUCCACCCCCGGAGCACCAUCGAAAGGAAAAGGCAAAGCAACAGAAGACGAACCAGCCGGUCCACGAACCCGUCGACAAUCGACACGAAAUAAACCCUGA